UUGGUUUAUUUUUUUGUAACAACAAAACAUAAAUUUCAUAUGAUAAAACUACGUAAUAUAGUAGGACAAUGCUUCGUUCUGAAGCGGCACAUAUCAGCUCUCUACAUAACUGGUGAUAAGGCAAACGAAAACUAUGUAACCUUGCAACCAUUUUUGGACUUUACCGGCACAUUUCGCGACAAAGUGACUUUACAAAAAAGCAUUGCUAGCCGGGGCUUGAGCAUCGAUCUUGAAUUGGUGCUCGCGAAAUAUGCAACAUACCAGAUUCAUCAUGACCAACUACAACAACUGGAGAAUGAACGUGAAAAAAUUACCAAGGAGCUAAAAUUGCUUUCGAAAUCGGCCGGUACAUCGGAGUUGCUGGACAAACUACGAGCGCGUGGCAAAGAGUUGCGCAACGAAGUGAAAUCGUUAAAGCAAAAACUAUAUCCGAUCGAAGAUGAUUUUAUCCAUGACUACUUGCAUCUACCCAAUAUUUUGCAUGCGCAUUGUCCACAAACAGAUGAAGAAAAGCUCAUUUAUAGGCAUAAACCUCCACCGACUGCUGCACCGGUGGCAAUGCACUUGGAUCGUAAAGAUCUUAUACAUUUCUUGGACAACAAUCGCUACUACAUGAUGGAGCAGGCGGCUCAUUUCGAUGUGGACGCUAUGCAGGCUAUGGCACGCUAUUUUAUAACGCACGGCGAUUUCAUACAGACCUGCAAUCCCGACUUUGUGCGCUGUGUGCUGCUGGAGGCGAAUGCGACACCACUGAGCCAAUACCAUCUGGUGCGCGAGGAACAUUUGUUGAACAAACUAAAUAUGGCUUAUCUAACAGGCGGUGGCGCAUUCGAAAGUUUUCUGGGCACCAUGACCAAGCUGAGCGUUUAUCCCUCAGUGCUGCCGCUGCGGUAUGUCGCCUGCGGGCGCAGCUAUAACCGCGAGGAAGGUCUGGUCAAUGGACCUACUCCAAGCCUCUAUACAGCCACACAAACGAACGCGGUGCAGAGUUUUGUGGCAACCCAAACGGCUGACGAAGCUGAUGCAGAACUGGAACAGGUGCUCAAUCUAGUCAUCAAUUUUUACAAAGCACUCGAUGUGCCCUUUCGUAUUGUGUACGUUCCAGCAAGCAGCCUAACGCCUUCCGAGAGUUUGAGAGCCAGCAUAGAGGUGUAUGCACCAUCUCUCAAGCGCUACGUUUGUGUCGGACGGAUCAGCAACUAUGGAGACUAUGUAUCCAAGCGGAUUCUCUUUAGCACGCGUCGAGAGAAGCACUAUGAGUUCUUACAUCUGGUGGGUGGCCCUGUGUUGUACACCACAAGGCUCAUAGCGGCACUCAUUGAGCUAGGCAUCAAGCUGGAUGCUAGUAAAUUGCCCGGCGCUUUACAUCUCGGGCCCAGCAUGCAAGCGAUGGACCAACAUCAGCGAGACUUACAAGAGUUCAAAGAUCUUUUCAAAUAAAUCUGAUUUCUCCACGUGAAA